AUGGCCAAGGGAGUUACGGGGCUGAGCUUGUCCGGCGGCCGCUACCGGGACAUUGGAGGAACAAUUGUCCGCACUUCUAGAACACUGGCGAUUCGCGUUGUGGAGCGCGUGGCCAAGCCAGCCACCGGCGCAGAUCGGAAUCCGUGCUACAUUGCGGCUGCUUUGGGGAAGCGUUUCGGCCCUGCCUCGUCAGUUGGACAGUUUGUGGAUGAAAUUGUUUUCGCGUCCAUUUACCGACGGAAUCCCGCCGUCCAUGAAGUCCUGUGCGUAGCCUGCGGGGAAACGGGGGAGCGCGGCGGAUGUGUUCGGCCCAAUGACCGGCGGUAUUAA